CAUAAUCCCAUUAGGCUACAGAAAUAAAAAAGGAUUAAGAAAUGGAUAUUCUGUUAACGUAACGGUUGCCGUUAAGUGACGGUCCAACAUUUGACGGAAGUGGUGGUCCGUUUUACUGGGUAGGUGCGAACUGAGAAUACAGAGAGAAACUAAGCUCAUUUUUUCACUAUAAAAAGGGGAAAUAGGCAAAGGGUGUGAUCAUCAAACAUAGGGGCUUUGCUCUUUAUCUUUGUGAUUCAGAUUACUGAGUGAAAUCAGAGAAACUAUUUACGAAACUCCAUUUCUUCUUCUUCUUUAGUGUGUAUUGUAUGGCCGCCAAUUUGCAGAGCCGUGGACUCGUGAGCUUAGGGAAACGAGUUGUGAACCAGAUCAGCUACGCUAGUGGUCGAACUUCUGCUAACUCACCUUCACUCUCUGGCAGGAGGGGAGUGCAGACAUCGGUUUACGACAAGAACCCGGAGGAUCAUGUGCGGGAUUCAGUGGUGCCGGAUGAAGUGAUAGAGCCACAAUCAGAAAAAUACUGGGGUCCUCACCCACAAACUGGGGUGUUUGGGCCUGCAGCCACUGAUAGUGCUGGUGGGGAACGUGGUUUCCACUCCUCACCUGCCACUGCUGCUGCUGCUGAAUCCAUUUUGGAGCAGAAGGCCUUCUUCCGCCCUCUAGAGGACUUGGACAAACCCCAGCACGCCUAAGUUUCACAUUCCCUUAAUAGCUCCAGUGCGUCUAUCCUCACUGGCAAACUUAAGUCUAUAUAUAGUGUGUAGUGGUGGCUUUUAAUAAGUUUCUGUUUUGCUUGUGUUUAUGCGAGUCUGUAUUAUAUCAAGUUUAAAGUGCAGUAUAGACUAUUAGGGUAAAGCUGCACCGCUUUUGAAGGUUCCGUUCAUAUGGUACUGCAAUAUGGGUGUCUUUUGUUACAGUUACGUAACUGCUGAACUAUGCUAUAAUAUCCUUAUGAACUUUUGCUUUCAUA